AUGAUCUUCUCUCGUUUGGGUUCUGUAACCGCAGCUGCAUAUAAUGCACCGGCAGUUUAUAGGCCGAGCCCAUGGACCCUAGCACAUGCCACAUUUUAUGGAGACGAGUCAGCUGCUUCAACCAUGGGUGGUGCUUGUGGAUACGGAAACCUGGUCACUAACGGGUAUGGAACAGAUACGGCAGCAUUGAGCUCUACCAUCUUUAGCAAUGGAUACGCUUGUGGGCAAUGUUAUCAGAUUCGGUGUGUCCAAUCUCCAUGGUGUUCCAAAGGUAUAGCAACAAUAACAGCUACAAACCUUUGCCCGCCCAACUGGUCUGAGGACUCAAACAACGGUGGAUGGUGCAACCCCCCACGAACCCAUUUUGACAUGGCUAAGCCCGCUUUCAUGCAAAUCGCACAAUGGAAGGCUGGCAUUGUCCCAGUCAUGUAUCGUAGGGUGCCUUGUGUUAGGAAGGGUGGGAUCAGGUUCUCGUUUCAAGGAAAUGGAUACUGGCUAUUGGUGUAUGUGAUGAAUGUUGGUGGUGCUGGUGAUAUUAGCCAAAUGUGGGUCAAAGGGACCAAGACUGCAUGGAUCAGCAUGAGCCACAACUGGGGAGCCUCGUACCAAGCCUUUGCGACUCUUAAAGGUCAAGCCCUCUCUUUCAAGAUAAUCUCCUACACAACCAAACAGACCAUUGUAGCUAACAAUGUCGCACCGGCUAACUGGAACUUAGGAUUGACUUAUCAGGCAACUACUAAUUUUCACUAA